AUGUCACCGGUAGUUUCGUCACUUGUUUAUCCUAAUAAAUUGAUGAAAAAUGGGAUUCAUUUGAAAGAUAAUGAGUAUAAAGAUGUCAGUCAUGUCGUCGAUCAGAAAUCCAGAGAAAAUGAUUCUCAAAGUUAUCAAUCAAAGACCAGAUCGGGUCAUAGUAUCAGUAAAGUAGAAUCAGCUCGAGAUGACCACACAAUUGAUGAUAAAGGUCUCAAAAAUGAAGAGAUUUUGAGUACAAGUGAAGAAUGCUAUGACUCGACAAUCAAUUCAUACAUUUGUCCACAAAAUGAUUGUCACAAAUCUUUUGAUAAAUUGAAGACAUUUUCAUUGCACCGAAAGACUUGUAAAUCAAAGAAAAAAAUUCUUAAAAACAUUGAGAAAUCACAAGAAGUUAAGCGCAAAGAAAAUAUCAAUGAAACUGAUGAAGAAAUUAAUGCUAAACAAGAAUACUAUGACUCGACAACCAAUUUGUAUAAUUGUCCGCAAAUUAAUUGUGAAAAAUCUUACAAAUCUUUGAAAAUAUUUCUAACGCACCGGAAGAAGUGUGUGACAAAAAAGAUAGUAAAUCUGAAGCAUAAGAAACAAGUAUAUGAUAGACAAACAGGACUAUUGAUGUGUCGUUACAAUGACUGCGACAAAAAGUUUAACAGUAAGAGUGGUGUGAGAUGUCAUGAAAUCAGUAGUCAUGAGACGGACAGAACAAAGUGGUUUAAAUGCGAGUACACUGACUGCCAGUUUGAUUGUCUUACCAGAUGUCAAAUGAAAAGUCACGUCUAUUAUAAACAUUCAGACAUCAAAUCAUUUAAAUGUCCGAUUAGUGGAUGUAAUAAAGCAUUGAAAUCCAAGAAUUCAUUGGAAUUGCAUCUAAUGGUUCACAACAACAUUGCUGUCAGUUGUGAUUUCCCCGAUUGUAAGCGAAAAUUCAGAACUCAUCAUAAGUUAAAACGACAUUUGGCUAUACAUAUGAAUGAACCGACACUUCAAUGUCCUGUCGAUGGAUGCGAUGAAAAGUUCUUUACCGACAGCGAGAUAUUUAGACACCGGAUAUUAGUUCAUAACAAACAGCGAGUAAAAUAUAAAUCAGUUAAGCGAAAGUGCGAUUGGCCCGGAUGUGACUAUUUUGGUAAAGCACUGACUGAUCAUAAGACAGUACAUACCGGUGUCAAAAAAUAUGUAUGUCUUUGGCCACAAUGUGGUAAACAGUUUCGGACUAAAUAUAAACUCGAUCUACAUAUGAAUAUUCAUAAUAAUUUUAAACCAUUUGCUUGUCGUUGGCCGGGAUGUGAAUACCGAUGCGCUCAUCAAUCAAAUAUUAGCAAACAUAUGAAACAAGUGCACCAAAAAUUAUAA